AUGGCGGAGAUGUGUGACUCCAAGGAGCCGGAUGACCCCGAGGUGGAGGUGUUUGGGGACCAGAGACUGGCUAAGAAAUACACCGGCCUGCUCAGGAGCUCACGGAGCCUGCCAGGGUGUCUGACCCAGGCCCACCUGCCUCUGCUGCUGCUUCUCGUCUCUCUGGGCUUCUUCAUGCUCCUGGUGACCACUCUGGUUCAAGUCUCCAGGAUCCACCAAUCCCUGCAGAGAGACACAGGGGACCAUCGGGAGAGGAACCAUCAGGAGAGCCCCGGCCUCGGGGAUGUUUCUCAGGCCCAGAAACAAUCAUCCCUGGAGGAGAUACUCCAGCAGCUGACCUGGAUGAAUGCCACCCUGGCUGGCCUGUGCCGCCACUGCCCCUGGAAAUGGGAACUUUUCCAGGGAAGCUGCUACUUCUUCUCCCUGACCCAGAACACCUGGAAAGAGUCCAUCGCCGCGUGUCAGAACAUGAGGGCCCAGCUGGUGGUCAUCAACAGCACUGAGGAGCAGAAAUUUCUGAAGUCUUGGAAUACAAAAAAUAGCCAGCGCACAUGGAUCGGCCUCAGUGACCACCACAAUGAGGGUUCUUGGAGAUGGGUGGAUGACACUCCCCUCCAACUCAGCUUCUGGAAAGAAGGGGAACCCAACAACCACGGGGAUGAGGACUGUGUGGAAUUGUACAGUGACGGCUGGAAUGACAACAGAUGUAGUACAGAAAACUUCUGGAUCUGUAAGAAGCCCUCGUCCCCCUGCCCGGGCCUCUGA